AUGGAGCAACCCCUAACUUCUGGUGGCAGGCGGUUCUGCUGGCUAACCGUACCCCGUUGCUUUCCAAUCCCACAGCGGAUCAUCGCCACCCUCCGAGACUCCAAUCAGAACCAAGUUGGCAUCGCCAAAGCAGAGCUCAGCGUCGUGGAGAAGAAAGUGGAGAAGAAAAUGGCAAAGAUGGACCAGGAGCUGAAACGGGUCGGCGCCCGAGUGCACACCUUGCAGGAAGAGGUCAACGUCUUGCGGACCUACAUGGACAAGGAGUAUCCGCUCAAAGCGGUCCAGAUCGCUUCCCUUCUGCGCAGCAUCCGGAACCUGAACGAGGAGCAACGGUACGAAUUGGAAGACACCGAAGAUCUGGCCAAGCGCUUCCUGGACACCUUAGCCGGGAAAGCCAGGGACGAGCAGGAACGCAUUCUGCAAUCUGUGGCCGAUAAGACGCUGCUGCAGUAUCAGGAUGGCCUGGAGCAGAUGCACCGGAACAACAAGGAACUGAGGAGGCAGAUAGACGUGCAAAAGGAGGUGAUCGACGAUCUGGUGAAAGAAGUUCAGGACCUGCACAAGAGCAUUGUCAUCCUACAUCACUCCCUGGGGGAUCCCUACAACACCAUUUUCCCGGACGUCCUUCUUCGCCAGCCCAAAUGCACCCCAGACAUGGAGGUCGUUCUGAACAUCCCAACGGAUGAAGAUUUCCCCUUGUAG